AUGAUCCUCUCGUGUGCACCCUUAACAAUUCCAAUUAUCGGAACUGAAUGCUUUAGAGGAUGCAUUAAUUUCGAGAAAUUUGUAGCAACCAGAAUAAAUAUAAUACUGGAUUCUUGUUUUUCCGGCUGUUAUAAUCUUGAAAGCUUUGAAGCAAACGGAAUUUCAAGAAUCGGAAAUGGAGCAUUUUUGAAUUGUUAUAAACUAAUAUCCAUAAAUGCAUCAAAUAUUUAUCAAUUGGGAAAUUCUGUAUUUUCAAAUUGUUUCGCAUUAAAAUCAUUCAAUUCAAUUAUUAAUACAACAUUAUCAUAUAAUACAUUUAGUUCGUGUUCUUCUCUUGUAAGAUUUUCUGCAAUAUCGGUCCCAGAGAUUAGUAAUGAGUGCUUUAAAAAUUGUAAAAAUCUAGUAUCUGUUUUAUGCCAAAAUAUAACAUUAUUAGGAAAUUCGGCGUUUUAUGGUUGUCUUCGUUUGGCUGAUAUUGAUACAUUCAAUGUUAAAAUAUUAGGAAAUUUGCCGUUCGAAAGAUGCUUAUCUUUGAAGAACUUCAAUUCAUCAUUCAUCACAGAAAUACCACAAAAUUUGUUCAAAGAUUGCGUUGGUAUGAUCGAAGUUAAUUCAUCUUGUGUUACAAAUAUCGGAUCAAAUGCAUUCAAAGGAUGCACAUCUCUCAAGUCGAUCAAUCUUCCUAUGCUGACAUCUAUCUCGGAUUCAUCAUUUUCAGGAUGCACAUCACUCAUCACAUUCACAUCGACAACAUUGAUUGAAAUAGGUCCUAAUGCAUUCGAUAACUGCCAUCACAUGGAGACAUUCAAUGUUCCAUCAUGGACGAUGAACAUCAUAUAUGAUGGAACAUUCCGCAACUGUUACAAUCUCAUCCACAUCCCAGAUACAUCUUCAGUCAACACAGUUGGGAAAGAAUCAUUCAUGAAUUGUCGCAGUUUAGAAUCAUUCAACACGAACAACUUAGUUACAGUUCAAGAUCGAACAUUCAAAGGAUGCACAAAUCUCAAGAUAAGCAACACAAACAUCAUCAAGACAAUCGGCUAUGAAUCAUUCAUGCUAUGUUCAUCAAUCACAACAUUCAACUUCCAUUCAUGCACAAAUCUUGGUGAAUCAUCAUUCGAAUCAUGCAACAUCAGCGGAACAUUAACAAUGAACAACACAUUCUCAUCUAUUCCACACAAUUCAUUCAGAAACAACAAGAUAUCAGAGCUUUAUCUUCGAAGGUGUCAUAUCGAGAAUGGAGCAUUUUCUGAUAACAAUGAACUGAAAACAUUAUUUUUAGACACAAUUUCAUUGCGUGAUCGCGCAUUUUUCAAUUCAACAAACAUCAAAUCAAUUUAUCUCAAUGGUGUUAACUUCUUUUAUGAAAAUUCAUUAGAUUUGAUUCAUGCAUGUGUAAAUUAUAAUUGA